GUCAGUCCAUACGGCUUCUUGCUUCAUCGCAUGUUCAAUUCACUAUUAUUACUCAUUUUUACCGGAAGAUUAUAACGCGCUUAUUCCCGGUGUUACGGUAUAAAGAAGGCCUUUUCUUCCGCAUCACGACUCUCGUUUCUGAGUAGUGUUGUCAUAGAUCUUCCCUAGAUUGCCGUCGUUGUUGGGUUUUCACUUCCUCGAAGAACCCCACCAAAGGAAAAAAAAUUUUGUGAUUCUUGAUAAGAUUGCGUUCCCGUGACGAUCAAGAACCGUAAACAUGACCGGACUCAACAAUGGCACGCUGAGCAAAGGACAUGAUACAUCUCUUGCGCGCGGCUUUGGCACGUUGGCCGUCCAUGCGGGAGCUGCCCAUGACGCUGCCACUGGUGCAGUGAUAGCUCCUAUCUCUCUUUCGACUACCUUCGCUCAGACCAGCGUCGGAAAGCCCGUUGGCACUUACGAAUACACAAGGAGUUCGAAUCCUAACCGAGAUAACUUCGAGCACGCUAUCGCGGCCCUCGAGCAUGCGAAAUACGCCCUCGCCUUUUCCUCGGGCUCUGCCACCACAGCUACGAUUCUUCAGUCCUUGCCCGUCGGAUCGCAUGUCGUUUCCGUAUCUGAUGUCUAUGGCGGAACCCACAGGUACUUCACCAAGGUUGCUUCCGCCCAUGGUGUUGAUGUCACCUUCUCUCCGACCAUUGAAGUGGACGUGGAGAAAUUGAUUCGUCCGAAUCAGACUAAGCUGGUCUGGAUCGAGACCCCGUCGAAUCCAACGUUGGGGUUGGUCGAUAUCGAAAAUGUCGCAGCCGUGGCGCAUCGCCAUGGGAUCACAGUGGUCGUGGAUAAUACCUUCCUGAGUCCCUAUAUUCAAAAUCCGCUGGAUCACGGUGCCGACAUUGUGGUCCACUCUGUAACAAAAUAUAUCAAUGGACAUUCCGACGUCCUUAUGGGCGUUGCGGCUUUCAACUCGGAAGAAUUGAAAGAGCGACUCACAUUCCUUCAAAAUGCCAUUGGCGCUGUCCCCUCUCCCUUCGACUGCUGGCUUGCACACCGCGGCCUCAAGACUCUCCACCUGCGCGCCCGUGAAGCGACAAAGAAUGCCACAGCCGUCGCGCAGGCUCUUAAGUCCUCUCCGCAUGUCAUUUUCGUGAACUACCCUGGCCUUGACUCUCAUCCUCAACGUAGGAUCGCCCUUAAGCAGCACCGUGACGGUAUGGGCGGCGGCAUGCUCAGCUUCCGUAUCAAGGGUGGCCAGGAGGCUGCCCACCGAUUCUGUAAAUAUACCAAGGUCUACACCCUCGCAGAGAGCUUGGGUGGCAUCGAGAGUCUGUGUGAGGUUCCCGCAAGCAUGACACAUGCAGGCAUCCCGAAAACAGAACGUGAAGUUGCAGGAGUCUUUGACGACCUGAUCCGUAUGAGUUCCGGUAUCGAAGAUGUGGAGGAUCUCAAGGCAGAUGUGCUGCAGGCAUUGGAGAAGGCCGUGGUUGCAGCAGAGAAUGGACAGAAUGGAAGUGCCUAGAGACAUAGAACUUUUCGGGUACGGAGUUUAGAAUCUCUUUUGAUCCAUUGUUUGAAAAAGGGAAGGCAUUGUUUAUGUUGUUAUGAUUGUUUCGUUUGCCUUAUUUUUCCAUAAAGGCAGUCUAAUAUUAUAGACUUGACGUCUCGCGCUGGGCUUCCAUCAAUCCACGACCCAUCUCAUCUCCCAAUUCCAAUGCCUAAAUAGAAUCAUUGGUCACCUGGAAAAGUCCAAUUUAGCAUGGCUCUCUUCCUCGAAGCCUGUAGUGUUGGAGUCUAAUAAUUUGUCAUGUUAAUUGAUUCUAUAUGAGUUCAAGUUGAGGCUAGAAGAAUGCUCUAUGCGGUGGCGGAACGACUCCACGGAAAAGUAAAUUCUCAUCUCUUGAUAUAUUUAAUAAUAG